CACGACCGUCUUCCGAUGUCUCUUCGCGCAUCCAUGCGAUUAUCUCGAGUAACAUGUGAUUUAUGACACUGCAACUUCCUCCAUCCUUUUUUUUUAUACUGAAGUUGGAUUGCAUCAGCCAUAUCGGUUGGAUGUGCGCAGUGAAUAUUUUUGGACAAUUGUCGGUGUUUUACACCACUUUCUUUAUUAUUAUCUUUAAUUUAAACAAAUGCACAACUCCGUGGCUUGGCGUCAGGAACCCAAUCCACGGUUUUAAACCUGUUAUCAAAAAGACAUAGAAUGGCGUAUGGACUAGCUUUAUAGGUCUACUGAGCCAAAAGAGCACCAAACCAACCAAUCCUCCAUCCUUUUUUCUUCGUUCUUAUCACCAUGAAAGCGUGUUGAUUUUUUCCGCGGAAACUCAUCGUCAGGCUUUCAAGGUUAACGGGUGGACUUUUGUCGUUUUAAAUUGUUCUAAACUUAGGAUAAAAUUUAAAGACGAAAUUUGUGCGCGAUCGACUGACAGAAUGGGUACCGAACACAUGUUGAGACACGAUAUCGAACGAUGUUUGAAAUUAAUAGUGUCUGGAAACGACGCGGCUGUCAACGACGGAUGGACGAUGUUGCAGAAUCUGCAAGACAAUCGUGAGCUCACCCGGCUGAUCGAUUGCGAGGACAUACUUAGAAGCAUUUUGAGGAAUCAGGUGAUAAACGUGUCCGAAGUGCCGAAAAUCAUGGCGUGGAUGUCACCGUACAUAGAAGAAAAACGUUUCAACACCAAUCCGAUUUCGAACGAUGUCGCUACGCUGCUUCAGAAUACGGAUAUUCGGGACAUGUCACAGCUGACCGAAAUUUUGAAUAUUUUGACGGAUCACAGAGUGUAUUUGCCUAGGUCGGCGAAUUACACGAAACUCUGCGAGGCGAUAGUCACAAGCCUGUCUUCUUUUCAAAUGCCGUUGGACUCGAAAAAAAUUCAAGAGUUCUACGACAAUACCACCAAGAUUCAGAAUUUUCUCAAAAUACUCUGCUCGAACACAAAAAACGGAGAACGCGACAGUUUGAUGUUUACUUGUCUUCAGACUUUGUACAACAUCAUAUCGGAUACCAACAGAAAACCUGAACCAGGUCCGGGACUAGCUGCUAUAUUGCAGCUGGUAGAAUCGUCUGUUAUUCCACAGGCGGUCGACUGGAUUUUAUCUCAAACGGAUUCGGAUCGCGAAUUGGUACAGGCUUUGAAAGUUUUGUGUAAUUGGCUUCCUAAGUGGACAGGUGAUCGUCUGAGUGUUUGGAUAAUGGAGUUUAUACGAGGAUUGGAAAAACAACGCAAGUACUGCACUCUUCUCGAACUUACAGAAUCCUCGGUGGACAUAUUAACAUUAAUGUGCAGUGUAUUGAUGGUACCUGUAAUUCGUCAAAAUGCUUCCAAUAUUAUAUUUUACAUUUUAAAGAGACAAAGCUCGGUGUCUGUUGUUCAGAAUAUAGCUAAAAGAAUUCUAAAGUUGAUAAAAGAUCUGAUGCAAGAAGAUUCAGAAUCCAGCAAAGAUUGCAUACAAAAUUUAGUUGAUAUUAUGAAAGUGUACAACAAAAGAUUUUCAUGUGUAUCAUCAAUAUGUGGAACUAUGGAAAAUUAUACUUUUCCUAUGUUGCCAAGACCACAAAAUGUUAGGGAAAUUUAUAAGGAACCGGUAUGGAUAGAUGAAACUAAAGAAUAUGAACCAGUUUUAGAACCAGAAAGACCAUUAUCUGGAAAAGUUGGUCUGUCUAAUCUUGGUAAUACAUGUUAUAUGAACAGUGUGUUACAAGCUUUAUUGAUGACUCGACAAUUUUGUCAAGAAGUAUUGACUUAUCGUCCAGAAACAGGGAGAACACCCUUGUUAGAAAAGCUUCAAAAUUUAUUUGCAUUAUUAUUAUAUUCCAAGAGAAUAUGCUUGGCACCCACCGAGGUGUUACAAGCAUCAAGACCUACAUAUUUUUUACCUGGACAACAGCAGGAUAGCUCAGAAUUUCUUUGUCAUCUCCUUGAUCUUUUGCAUGAGCAAGAAAAAUCUGCUAAUACUAACUGCGGGGGAAAUGACAAUGUGUCUACUCUUAAAUGUAAAAGUGAAAAGCAGGAAGAUGAUGUGACAUUAUCAAUGGAGCCAGAAAAAGGUAUUAUUAAACGUUGGACAACUGAGGAAGACUUAACGGAAGGCUUAGCGUUGCAACGAAAAACACAGUCACUGGCUGAUUUUACACGAGGGGAAGAGCUAGGACAACGACUCAGCGAUUCUCAUUCGGAUUCAACUGACAGCGGUAUACAAUCUGUAGGAGGUGAAGAAACAAGUACAUACACAUCCCUUGUUCAUAGAGUGUUGGGCGGAGAGUGUCAAAUCACUUACCAAUGCACACAAUGUGAUACAAGUUCUCGCAAUACGGACAAAUUUCGCGACUUGCAGUUGUGCUUUCCCGAGGAGAUACAGGAGAAUCAAGAAGUCUCUGUUCAGGAUCUCAUUAACUAUUAUCUCACACCAGAGAAGUUAACGGGAGAGAAUAAAUAUCGAUGCGACAAGUGUACAAAAUUGUGCGACGCUCAGAGGAUCAUUACUAUUCUGCAGGCACCUGCUUAUUUGAUUCUGACGUUAAAACAUUUUCGAUACGACUUUGACACUCGAUUAAGGGCAAAACUUCGACACAAAGUGGUAUAUAACGAUGCUAUACAGUUGCCGGUGUCGGUGGAACCGUGUACUGUAGCCGAGACAUAUAAUCUGUAUGCCGCCGUGGUGCAUUCGGGAUACAGUAUGGAUUACGGACACUACUUUACGUAUGCCUGUGAUUCUAAACAAAAUUGGUACAAAUUCAACGACAGUUUUGUAACUCAGACCACGUUUGAGGAUUUCAAAAACUUGAAACCUCCUGAUACGCCUUACAUAUUGUUUUAUGAAAAAUCAAGCGCCCACGAUGGUAUCUACGAGGACGAUAAACUCGAAUUGUCGACACUGAGCAAACGACUGCAAGAAUUAAUAGCAAACGAUACCACAGAUUAUAUAGAGGAGCUAAGACGUCGAGCGAUUUCGUCGCACCGUAAUCAACUUCCGACAAAAACGCUGAAGCAACAUAACAAUUCUGACGAUGAUAAUCCACCACCUAGCAGCUGCCGGGGUGCGAUCGAUGUCCCAGCAAAUCGCUUUCUUUUUUGAACAAGUGGAUGUAUCACGCGAACAGAUCCAUAAGUUCCAUCGCCACUUGAAGAAUAUUCUACAUUUGUGUCUUGAUAUUUUAUGUGUGUUAGUUAAAAUAAAAUGUCGACACGGUUGCGCGUAAUCGCAAAAGGAUGCGUCGUAUGAUUUUGCAUCAUAUCAUAUUGCUAUGGGAAAGUUUUCUAUGAGAACUGACGUUAGUUUUACCUGUUUACAUAUUAUUACGAAGAAGGAACUGCACAUCACAUUACCGUAACUCGACGAUAGUUACAGUAUUGGAAAAGGUGAUUACACUAACUAUAUACAAAAUAGCGCGAGAUAAAAACAGAAUUCGAGAUUUCAUGUAAGACGAAUUUAUGUGUAUAUAUAUAUAUAUAAUGUAUAAAAAAAUGAAUGUAUUAUUAAUAAUCACAGACGAUACGUUCAUGUACAGAGACAAUUGAUGCUUUCACAUGUGCUAGAUCUAGAAAUAUUCAAUAUGCUCUCCAUGUAAAUUUAAAAUUUUUAUCCUGUGAUGAAAAUUCAGGAAAUAAGAUAAUAAACAAAAGUAUCAGAUGGAGUUGUAAACUUGUCAAUUUUAUAGCAGACUAUCUCCUGUGCAGUGUGUCAGGAACAGGAGAAAAAGUAAAAAAGACGAUUCACUAUAGAAGCUCAUAUCGGACGAUAUUGUACUUCUAAUUGGAUGCACAAGCGUUUGCGCACUACUCUUACUAAUACAAUGAUUCGAACUCCAAAACAGAAAGCAUCCGAUUGAAACUGCGGAGUAGUAAUUCUAGAGCUAGUAAAUGUGUGCAAAAGUGUUAAUUCCGGUUAGUGUACAUGAAAAAAGUGUAUUACGCAUAAAACGGUUUUAGUUAUUAAUAUUGCAUUGUGUUCAAUGUGUUUUAAAUUUAGUGCUUUACACACACACACACACACAAACGCACGCACACGCACACACACACACAAACGCACACACAAAACGUUACUGAAAAGUGUAACGUAUACUCGAAACAUUUGUAAGCCUUAUCCUCGUUAUAUUACUUUUAUAAGACUUCAUGUUAAUUGCUAUUAAAUUAUGUUCUCUUAA